AUGAAAUGUGCAUUUAUUUUCAAAAAUCAGUUUUUACUUUUUAUUGCUUAAUAUUUUCAAACGACGAUAGCGAGCUAUUCGAAUUUGGUGUGAAUGAUGGAAUCUGUGAUGGAAGUACAUAAUAAUAAUGAUAAAUGCCCUAAUUUCUUUCAGAACGAAACCCCUGGUUUGUGCAAUAUGCCAAAAAGUGUUCAGCAGUAUAUCUGCAAAGAAUAGACACCUUCGGCAAAUCCAUAAUGAGGACAUUCAAAAAGACAAGAAUCAACAUGUAUUGUGUUGUCUUUGUCCUGCUGAGAAUAGAGACAAGUUCUUUAGUUACAGAAAUUAUGAGAAUCAUUUGAAAACAAUUCAUGAUAUACUCGUCAAAGAAAGUAUUUUUCAUUUUAGGAGUAGCAAAGAGUUUGAGGCAUGGAGAGGAAAAGAAAACAGAGAAGUGGAUUAUGCUUUUAUUAGGACUUGCAAAACAACGAAAGGGGAUACAAUUGCAUAUUACAAUUGCAAUAGAAGUAAUCAUAGAGGAUAUGAAAGUGUUUGUGAGAAACGCAAGAGGAAGAUUGCAAGUAGUAUCCAUAUUCAGGGAGUUUGUCCUUCAAGAAUAACAGUCAGAAUUUCAAAAGAUGGCUCGUAUUCAGUUACAUUUGUUGAAACACAUGUGGGGCAUGAUGAUGACCUUAGGAAAAAAAGACUGUCAAAAUUUCAACAGAACCUUCUGGUCAAAAAAUUGGCUGCUGGUAUACCAAAAGAGAGGAUAAUGAAAGAUGCUAGGAAUACAGUACAAAAUGAAAAAUUGGAAAGAUUAAAUAUUAUAACGAGGGCAAAUUUAGAAUAUUUGGCGAGAAAACAUAAAAUAAACAAAAUAAGGCAUGAUUAUGAUAUGGAAGCAGAAACUUCGAAAGGUGACUCUGAGGAUGACGGUAAUAAUGCAAUUAUGGAUGACUCGGAUGAGUCUUCAGGAAGUAAUCUGAAGUACAAAGAUGAAUUCAAUAAUUUUAUGCAGGAGAAACAAAAUAAAACAUCAAUAAAUACUGAUGAAAAAAUAAGAAAGAUUGCUGGAGAGCAAUUCAUUGGAUUCAUCAACCAAUUGAGUGGUGACAAUUUGCACAAAUUUUUGUCAGAAAUAUCGACAUUAAAGAGUAGAAUGAUAAAAGAUAAUGAGCAGAUAAGUAAGAAGAGACACACAGCAUGCCCUCACAAACACCCAAAUAUAGGAAAAAUGGAAGCUACAACCUGUGAUUACUGAACCAACCGUCGAGACUGUCUAUGUAUGAAUGUGAAAGGUUAUGUGAAUGAA